GUUGAGGGAAGUCCAGCCCAGGCCAAAUAAAGAAUCACAAUGAACAACGCCAGUACAGUGAACAUCAACGUGCAGUGCGAGUGCUACCACCGUCGAGGACUCUUCUACUACGCCAAUCCGCUGGCUUGGGGUCGUCCUUGCCGCAAAUGCCGCCGCAUGCUGUCCAGGAAUAAUAUUGUGGUGUCUGUUCCGGCAGCACAGGUGCAACCCGCCGCCACCGCAGUGGUGCCAGCCCAGUGUCAAAACAACUGCCACCUCCAGCAGCAGCCGCAAAUGGUGUCCACUCUGCCGCCGAAAUACGAGCAGGCCAUUGCCGGCAACUGAACUGGAUGAGCAGGACCUGGUGACCCUUUGUAACCUCUACUAAAAAAAACCAUUAAAAAUGUCUUUAAUAAAUAUAUAAAAAUCUAAAAAACCCGAAUUAAGUUUUAUGUUAAUAAAUCACUGAUUUGAAAUCAUCACAAA